AUGAACACCAUACUUACAAAACGAUGGCUGCAUAUAUACUUAGUGAUGCUUUUCUUCAGUGAAGUCUCAACUCAGAGCUGUUCUAGUCUUCGUGUAAAGCUAAGCACCACCAACAAGAACAACUUGGAACUUCUGAAGAACAAAAUGAGAACAAAUCUUCCUCUGCAGUGCCUAAGCGACAUGAGAGAAUUCAUUGCCACCCAAGACAUUCUCAAGGAGAUCCAAAAGUCCCUAGAAGAUAAUCCUGUGGUGGCCAUUCGUGAAAUCUUCCAACAGAUCAUCGGCAUUUUCAACCAAAACCUGACAGAAACAGCUUGGGAUGAGAAUUCCAUGGCAGCAUUCCAGAUUGAACUUCACCAGCAAAUUCAGCACCUGGGAACAUGUUUGAGUACAGCGAUGGAGAAUGACAGCCCGUCUCCAAGAGCUCAGAACGCCCAGCUCACAAGGCUGAGAGUGAAAAGAUACUUCCAAAGGAUCGACAACUUCCUGAAAGAGAAGCAGCACAGUCUGUGUGCCUGGGAAGUCGUCCAGCUGGAAGUCAAGCAAUGUCUCCUGUUGGUGGACCAACUCACAAAUAGGAUCCCAAACUAA